CCCUCUCUUUUCGCUUUAGGGAAUUUCUAGCAGUGUCAAGAAGAAUCUUCCGCCAUUCUAUAUUUACGAUUUUUACCGAAUUGUUAUACGUUUUAUCCGUUUUCUUGCAGCCCGUCCAAAAAAGCGAGGAAUAAUGACAACAGUGAAUCCUGUGGUGAUAGCAGCUACGGCCAGACAUACAGCGACACUUAUAUUUUUCCAUGGAUUGGGUGAUACAGGUCAUGGUUGGGCUAGCUCAAUGGGAGCAGUAAGAUCUCCUCACAUUAAAGUUAUUUGUCCAACUGCGCCUACAAUGCCAGUAACAUUAAAUGCAGGAUUUAGAAUGCCUUCUUGGUUUGAUCUACGAUCUUUGGAACCAAGUGGGCCUGAAGAUGAAGAAGGUAUUCGCAGAGCUGCAGAAAUGGUACAUUCUUUAAUUGCAGAAGAAGUUGCAGCAGGAAUACCCACAAAACGUAUUGUUCUUGGAGGUUUUAGUCAGGGUGGUGCUCUUGCUAUAUAUAGUGCUCUUACAUUUCCAGAACCUUUAGCUGGUGUUAUAGCUUUAUCAGCUUGGCUUCCUUUGCAUCAAAAAUUCCCUGCUGAUGCAAUAGGAAAUAAAAAUACUCCACUACUGCAAUGUCAUGGUGAUUGUGAUCCAAUAGUGCCAUACAGAUGGGGUCAAUUGACUGCGUCAGUUCUCAAACAAUUUAUGACACAAACAGAAUUCAAAACAUAUAGAGGGAUGAUGCAUGCGUCUUGUGAUGAGGAAAUGCGCGACAUGAAGAAAUUCAUUGAAAAAGUUUUGAAGCCGUAAUAGUUUAACUAAAUAUAUUAAUAUUUUAAACAUUAAACUUAUUACUUUACUGUUCUUUAUUAAAAAUUAAUUACUUCCAA